GAUCUGAGAUCCACUCCGCAGACCUGCGUCCUCACACCGUCCUCAGCAUGGGACGCGCUGCCUUUUCCUGGGACGUCUGUUUGUUGACCCUGCUCGUAAAUACUUGCGGGGUGAUGGGGAAUGUCGGAGUCGCAGACGCGGACGAGUGCUCGGAAGCGACCGAUGACUGCCACAUCGACGCGCUCUGCCAGAACACACCGCGCUCCUUCAAGUGCAUCUGCAAGCCGGGAUACAAGGGGGACGGCAAGCAGUGCGAAGACAUGGACGAGUGUGAGAACGACUACAACGGAGGCUGCGUCCACGAGUGCAUCAACAUCCCGGGCAACUACAGGUGCACCUGCUACGACGGAUUCAUGCUGGCCCACGACGGACACAACUGUCUAGCCGUCCCCCUGCCCGCCGCCGCCGCCGCCGUCGCCGUCGCCGGGAAAUAA